CCCUGCUUCGAUCAGUUCCUCUUCUUCCUCCGCCGCCUGCAACGCGGGGAUACCCUAGCACUGGUGGCUGCCCAUUCCGCGAUCCCGCCGCUGGCAGCCCCAGCCCUUUGGCCCCACUUCCCGCUUCGCUCGUGGUUCUAUCUGAAGUGAGCCGCAGCCAUGGCCGCAGGUGGUGCGCCGACUAACUUUCAGAAGGAGCAGAUGUUUGGAAUGGCAGAGAAAGAGAUGGAGUACAGGGUUGAUAUUUUCAAUCGGCUUACGCAGACAUGUUUCGACAAGUGCAUUGCGAACAGGCACAAAGAAGUUGAGCUGAAUAUGGGUGAGAAUAGCUGCAUUGAUCGAUGUGUUUCCAAGUAUUGGCAGGUGACUAGUCUAGUUGGACAGCUUCUUGGAACUCUCCCUAAACCGUGAAGUGAGAUGUAAUUUCAUUUUGCGGUGCAAGUCUUCGAUUUUGGUUCCUAGGUUUGACAGAUUACUAAGCAAACCAGUACUAGAGAAGUUUGGAAAAAAACCAACAUGUGAGGUUUCUGGUACCAAAUUCUGCAUGUACCGUGCGUGUUGAGCUUGAAAGCAACAUGGCAUUUACUCUUAUCCGGGCAAACUUGUAGCCUUACUGAGGGGAUAAGCUAUGUUUCUAGCAUUUUACAUAACUGGUCUUCCCCUGUUCCUAGUUGCAUACCUAUUGUGUCAUUGGUUGUAGAUGUUGGUCAUUUUGUAUCGUUGGCAUAUUAUGUGUGUCGCCAUGCUGUCUAGUUGUCUGAGUUUGAUGUUGGAUUGAACAACGAGCACCAGAAUUUGCA